UGCGCACCUCCACAGCAGCAGGCGCGGAACCCGCAGGCGCGGAACCCGCAGGCGCGGAACCCGCCGGCGGGGCGACAGGGGCAGGAGCCCCCACGACGGCAGGCGACUUGGGGGGACGCCCUCGUGUCGGGGGCUGCGCCACCUCCACCGGCUCCUCCGGCAGAACAUGGGCGGGCUUCAGACGAUCCACCCAGUCGCAGCCCGUAAGGGAGGCACGGAGGGCAGUCUUCAUAGAGCGGUGAAAACGCUCGCACAGCCCAUUAGCCUGAGGGUUAAACGCCGUGGUGCGGUGGAGCUUCACCCCGAGGCCCCUCGCCACCGCCGUCCAGAGCUCGGAGGUGAACUGAGGACCCCUGUCCGAAGCGACGUCCCGCGGAGUGCCGAAACGGGCCACCCAGGUGGAAAUGAAGGCCCGUGCCACCUCCGCCGACGUCGUCGAAGCCAGUGGAACCACCUCCGGCCACCUGGUGGUCCGGUCCACCAUCGUCAGGAGAGCUGGUCUCCAUGGUGACGGUGCAGCAGCCCCCCAUCGUCCCCGCCAUCCGGGGGCAGGAUGUGGUUUUGCCCUGCUUCCUCCGCCUCUACCCAGAAGACCAGCUGACAGAGCCGCCAGUGCUGUACUGGAAGUUCAACCCACAGAGCCAGAUCCGGGUGUGGGUCCCCUCGGAGACGUACCAGGGACGCGUGUCCCGGCUGAACGGCAGCUCCGACUCCCAGGACUACUCCAUCAGGCUCAGGGAUGUGCGGUGGUCCGACGGGGGUCUGUACCUCUGCAUGCUCACAGUCACCACCAAGACCCGGGACAGCUUCAGACGCAGCGGAAAUCGGACCGCCCUGGGCGUCCACGACCGCCUGGUCCUGGUCCGGGGCGGUCCGGGAGACUCCUGGCUCGGCUGUGAGGUGAACGUGUCGCGGGAUGCCGACUUCACCCUGUCUGUCCUCCACCGGGGGGCGCUGCUGCAGCCGGUGGCCGGGGACCGGGACGCCGCGGGGGGGGCCCAGCCCUUCGUCACGCUGUCCCAGACCGUCUCUCUGCAGGGACCUGGACGCUACGAGUGUCGGCUGCUUCUGCAGGGACAGCUGGUCACAGCGAGCAGCUUCCACGUCAACCGGACAGCGGCGGCGUGCGGCGGCGCCUGCGUGGAGGUGGAGUCCGACACGGAGGCGGUGGCCGGCGAGCCCUUCAAGCUGGGCUGCAUCUCCUGCAAGACCCGGGGCGAGGUGAAGGCCGAGGCCUCCGUCAGCUGGGCCUUCAUGGCCAAGGGCGACACCCAGUUCUCCGAGCUGUUUUUCUAUGAGACGUCCCCGGGCCUGAUCCUGGACGAGCGCUUUGAGGACCGCCUGAACUGGAGCGGCAGCAAGAACACCAGGGACCUGCAGGACGGCUCCAUCUACAUCCUGAACGUGACCUUCAACGACACGGGGACGUACCGCUGCUUCUUCAACCGCGUCCUCAUCCACACCAACCACAAGGUGUCCUCCAACCCCAACAGGACCAUCGUGCUGACCGUGGUCCCCCGACUCACCCGGGAGAUGGCCUCCAUCCUGUCGGAGGUGAUGAUGUACGUGUCCAUCGUGGGGCUGCAGCUGUGGCUGGUGGUGGAGAUGAUCUACUGCUACCGGAAGAUCUCUGCUGCUGGAGAGGAGGCGCUGAGGGAGAACGCGGCCGAGUACUUAGCCAUAGCCUCGGAAAGUAAAGAGAACUGUGCAGGUGAAGCAGCGGCGGAAUAGCGGCGGUCCAGGAGGGACUCCAUCUGGCUCCUCUGAGGAGUUUCACACCCUCCUCCGUGACCCCGCCUCCUCCCGGCGCCUCCCUGUGGGCGGAGGACGGCUUGUCUGACCACGAGGACCGAGGUGUGAGUCUCCUGUGAGG